AUGGAUCAAGAAGUGGAAAUUCUGGAUGUCUGGUACGAGGAGGACACCAAGUGUGAAAAGGUCAUCAACAGGCCCGACUAUGACAAAUGGGUGCCCAAGAUCGGCAGGAGGUUUGUGAAGCCCGAUGACAUAGCCUUCAUCGACAUCACAGAGUAUGCGCCACGGUCGCAGACAUCCGCUCCCUACCACAUGAAGAUCCAGUCCAUCCUGCCUCUCCUGGGAGACAGGGUGCACAUCGAGCGGGUGGUAGUCAUCAGCGAGGUGACCGCAAGCACAUGCCGGCACACCAUCACGGGUGACGUCAGCGUGCGCGUGCCAGGUGUCGGCCGCAUGGUGGAGCGUUAUGUCAUGGCCAACACCGUCGCUGCCAUGAACAUGCUUCACACCGUCGUGGACAGGUACCAGAAGGUGCAGGAGCAGUUGCCCAAGGAGGUAAUUCCUGCAGAGCUGCCUGGCGACCUCAACAUGCUCCUGCAGGGCCCCUAUGCAUCAGAUGAGGAGUCAGAAGCAUCUGCACAGACAGCGCUCAAUGCUGCUUCAAUUGAAGCAGUGGAUGAGGCUGAGGUGCUCAGUACAAAAAUUGACAAGCAUGCUGAGUCACCUGCGCCGGCUGGCAGUGUGCCAGAACAGGCGCCGCCCACCAGAACUCUGGACCGGCAGGGCACCAAGUACUUUGAUGCAGAUGAGGCACUUUGGAAUGCGGACAAGGAUGAGGAAGCCGAGGAGGAAGAUCUGGAUGUGAUGAUUGAGGUGCUCAUCGGGGACGAGGAGGGCGAGGAGGAGAUUGGAGAUGAUGAUGUUACCAAGGGGAACGAGAAGCUGCCAAGGAAGGCUAGCGAGCGCCACGUGCGCACCAAAAAGUUUUUCGCAGAGCUGCGCAGUUUGAAUCUCAGCAGCCGCCGCCGCCAAACGCACGCCGAGACUGCGGCUUUGCAUGACGGUGCACGGCAGGCUUCUGAGGAGGUGACACGCUGGAACCGUGACAAGGAGCGCUGGGACAAACUGUGGCGGGGGGCCAGGGUCCGCUCAGCCCCGAUCCCCAAAGCCCUCGCAUUAUUCGUCUACCCCCUGCGCCUCGACAAGGUGGGGAAGUGCCUGAAGGUGCACCCCGGGGAAGGAGCAGCAGAGGAAGAGGUGAGCGGAUCUUCUGAGGAGGAAGCUUACCCGGGCAAGCAGCGGCUGAGCAGCAGUGGCUCAAAGGAGUACCGCAGGAACUCGGGGAUCAGUGAGGGAGAGGCAGCAUUCAUGGACCAGCAGGGGCCUUCGCUGUCCAGGGAGGGUAGCAGGCUGAUGGCUCGGCUGCGCCUCAGGAGGGAGAUGAAGAGUCUGGGGAAAUAA